ACUAUUAUAGUUUGUUUUGUAUAACUUCCUAAACUAAAAAAAAAGGCAGCAGUCACGUGAAAGCCAGUCACGUGACUGCUGCCUCCAUAACCGGCUGCUCAGCAGACACAACAGAAGAGUGUACACAACUAACCGAGGACACCAUGACCACACUGCUGACCUUCUCCCUCCCCUUGUUGUUCAGCUCGUUGGUCUGGAGUGGCUAUCUGGAAUAUGACCAAGAUGUCUUGAUACCAGACGACUGGAACCAUGCUGGUCGGCUGGAUCCCACAGAGGAGCUGGGGCUGACCUUUGCCCUAAAGCAGCAAAACACUGACUUGCUGGAGUCAAUACUUGGACUGGUGUCAGAUCCUGACUCAGGACUAUAUGGUAAAUACCUCACCUUGGAUGAAGUGUCCUCCGUCGUGCGGCCGUCUAAACUGACCCAGAAGGUGGUGCAUCACUGGCUGCUGAGUCAUGGGAUUACAAGCUGCCUGACUGUACAUACUGAGGACUUUUUACAGUGCAGCAUGACUGCAGCGGUUGCAGAGAAGCUGCUACCAGGUAGCAAGUUCCACCGUUACAUCAGGGACGGCCACUCUGUGGUGAGGUCUUCAGCUCCAUACUCUGUUCAUGAUGAUGUUCACGAGCACCUGGACUUUGUUGGAGGGCUUCACCGUCUUCCUCCUAAAGGGCAAGACCUCAGCCAAGCCUCUUCAAACAGAGAGCUAAAGCAGUCUGAGGCAGGGGUGCACCUGGGAGUGACCCCUGCGAUCUUGAGGACCCGCUAUAACCUCACAGCAGCUGAUGUUGGGACAGCUCACAACAACAGCCAGGCUGUAGCUCAGUUCCUGGAGCAGUACUACAGCCCUGCAGACCUGGCGGAGUUCAUGGGAAUGUACGGCAGUAGCUUCAAGCAUCUCUCUCAGGUGGACCGGGUUGUAGGCACUCAGGGAGCAGGAAAGGCUGGUAUUGAGGCCAGUCUGGAUGUAGAGUACAUCAUGAGCACAGGGGCUAACAUCUCCACAUGGGUCUUCACCAAUCCAGGUCGGCACGAGUCCCAGGAGCCUUUUCUCCAGUGGAUGGUUUUGCUCAGCAACAUGUCUGACCUGCCCUGGGUUCACACCAUCAGCUACGGAGAUGAUGAAGACAGCCUGUCUGCUGCGUACAUGAUGCGCAUCAACACAGAGUUUAUGAAGGCCGGCGUCAGGGGACUCUCUCUGCUCUUUGCUUCUGGUGACAGUGGUGCAGGCUGCAGACAUUUGGGUACAGAGAACUCCUUCAGGCCAAGCUUUCCUGCAUCAAGUCCAUACGUGACUACAGUAGGAGGAACCUCAUUCAAAAACCCGUUUAAGGUCUCGUAUGAAGUAACAGAUUACAUCAGUGGAGGAGGCUUCAGCAAUGUCUUCAAGAUGCCGGACUACCAGGCUAGUGCGGUGGAUGCGUACCUGAAAACUGUAGCAGCAACGCUUCCCCCUCAGGCAUAUUUCAACACCAGCGGCAGGGCCUAUCCGGACAUGGCCGCCCUGUCCGAUAACUACUGGGUGGUCAUCAACAGAGUACCCGUCCCCUGGGUGUCUGGGACCUCAGCGUCUACCCCUGUGGUCGGAGGCAUGCUGUCCCUCAUCAACGACCAGCGGCUGCUGCAGGGCCUGCCUGUCCUGGGCUUUCUCAACCCUCGCCUCUACCAGCUCAAAGGGAAAGCUAUGUUUGAUGUGACUGAAGGCUGUCACCUGAGCUGUCUGGACGAACAGGUCCAGGGAAAAGGCUUCUGUGCUGCACCAUCCUGGGACCCUGUCACAGGCUGGGGGACGCCCAACUACCCUGAACUGCUAGCUGCGCUGCUAGCUGAGUGAACAUCCACAGUUCAUGAGAAACCAUAAAGGGGCGUCUGCUCUGGGAGCAGGUAUUAUACACACAUCUACAGGCAGGACGCUGAAAUGGAGGGAAAACUAUGCCUAUGCUUUGUUGUUUUGUUGAGUUCAUAUGAAGUUUAACACUGCAAUAUUCCAGCCUUCAGGGAAAGAUUUUAUUAGUCAUCCUCACCUAUUCAUUAAAAGGUACUCUUUAGUAGACAUCUUCUUUUUUCAAAAGGCUUGAAACUGUUUCCUUAAAAUGUAAUGGCAGGGAUUGGAUUUUUGGAUUUUUAAUAUUACACUGCAAAUUGCUUUUUUCUCCUGUUCACUGACCCAGAUUUCUAUUUGCCUUUUAAGUCCAUGCAGCUAGAUAAACAGAAGUGGGAAGUGUAGGUAAACUGGUUCCUAUGCAUAAGCAACAUUAAACUGCUCACACCAGUUCACCUCCUAAAUAUACAGACAGGGCUUUUGUGAAUAGGAUUUUAUUUUUUUAACUGUUAAACGUCAAAAAAGAAUCUAUACACCGGAUGCAGUCAUUUCGACUGAUCAGGACACUGAGGCUACAAUAAGUUCCAGGUUGGGUGUGUAGUAAGACUUAGUACAAUACUGUUAGACUAAUCGGCCCUCCUACCACUCUGCAGGGGACAGCCAGGUACAAAUCAUUUCAUCCGGCAAAAAAAAAAGAAUUAUUUUUGCAUGCAUUAAAAUAUGAAAUGGGAACAUAGUGUGUUAAGAUUUCCAGGACCUUUUUUUUACUUUAGGUGGUUGCCAUUAGCUCUGCAGCAAUGACCAAACCAAAUGCACUGGAAUAUGUGGGUUAAAAGUGAGUUGAUUAUUGCACUUCUUUUAGUCUUUAAAGCAUGUCAAUCAUCAAAUCAGAUGAUGGAGUUAAUGUGAGAAAGAUUGAAAUUGACUUUGAAAUGUGAGUUGAAUGUUCUGGGUUAACUUUAGUGUCGAGAAGCAUCUUGAAAAUGCAUUCUUUUAAAAACAACCCAGUACAAUUUAAAGUACAUGGACAUCAAUUGCAAACAAAUCUCCUAAUUGCUGAAUAAUGUCGUGUUUAUUUUGCAAAACUGACAAAAAUCCUCGAACCUGUCUCUGAACAGGACAACAAUAUGUAAUGGUACCACUGAACACCUGAUUUCCCACUAUCAUCUCAAAUGUUACCAAUUGUUUCUGAUUGACAGAUUGUAUGAGCCAUUGUUAAACAAUUUACCAGCUGCAGGAUGCCACUUUUAAGUGUUUGAAUUAAGUUUUAAGAUGUGAUAAAUUGCAAAUUGUGUAUAUGCAGUGUUUUGAAAAAUACAACUAAAUCUGAAUUUAUUUCA